ACAAAAUGGAGUUUAUAUCGCUCCACAACACUUUAUUUAAUAAGUUGUCGUUUAAGUCUUUCAUUCUCCAUGGCACGUAAUGUGUGUAUAUAUAUAAGCCAGAGGGUGUCAGGUUCCUCCAUGUGGCUACGAGGUGUCUUCAGAACACUGAUCAUGUCGCAAUUCACAUCUACCAUUUUCCUAACUGAUUGAAAUAUAUAUAUUUUUUUUAUUUCUCAAUCUCAAUCCAGAAAAAAAAGAUACUUUAAUUCCCAAAAGUAUAUAGCUUUUUCAUGGAGACUGCAUGAACUCCAAUUCAGGGACAGCAAAUUCGUGAAAAGGUUCAUAUGUUAGACCUCGGCGCGUGAUAGAUUGUUGCUUUUUAAGGAAAUUUCAUUCUACAAAUAGCAUUGUUAUUGGCCUAGAGUUGUGGAGUUUUCAGUCUCUGAUUGCAAGUUAGGAACUGAUUGUUGCUUCUUUUUUUUGAAGUCACAAGAAUGGCAUUAGCACCGGUUCCAAAACUUGUCCUUGGUUCAGUUGCCUUUGCAAUCUUCUGGGUGUUGGCAGUUUUCCCUGCUGUGCCUUUUCUUCCCAUUGGGAGAACUGCAGGGUCCCUGCUAGGUGCAAUGCUUAUGGUCAUAUUCCGAGUUAUUAGUCCAGAUCAAGCAUAUGAAGCAAUUGAUCUUCCCAUUCUUGGUCUUCUUUUUGGCACAAUGGUUGUCAGUGUUUACCUUGAAAGAGCUGACAUGUUCAAAUACAUUGGGAAAUUGCUCUCUUGGAAAAGUAGAGGAGCAAAGGACUUGCUUUGCAGAAUCUGUGUGAUUUCUGCUGUCUCGAGUGCACUCUUCACUAACGAUACCGCUUGUGUUGUUUUGACAGAAUUCAUAUUGAAAAUUGCAAAGCAGCAUAACCUCCCACCCCAUCCUUUACUACUUGCACUUGCUACAAGUUCCAAUAUUGGGUCUGCUGCAACUCCAAUUGGUAACCCCCAAAAUCUGGUUAUAGCUGUUCAGGGUAGAAUAUCAUUUGGACAGUUUCUAAUUGGUAUUCUUCCAGCUAUGCUUGUUGGGGUUGUAGUGAAUGCUUUAAUUCUUAUGGCUAUGUAUUGGAAGGUGUUGUCUAUUCAGAAGGACGAAGAGGAUCCAGUGGCAGAUUAUGCAGCAGCGGAAGAGGUUAAUUCCCACCAGUUUUCUCCAGCCACAAUGUCUCAUUUCAACUCCCUUAAUUCUCAAGAAUGGAAUGCCCGCAUAGACAGUUUUAAUAUUCCAAAUUCCCCUCAAGUUCAGACUCUAAGAAACCGGUCAGCGGCAAUUGAUGGUGAAAUUGACAGGGUUCUUAGUAACACAUUAGAUUCCACAAGAAACUCAAAUGCAUCAAAGGAGGAGACAAAUGGUAUGCCUCCUUUAACAAAGGAGGAAAUAAAUGGCAGUCCUUCAAAAGAUGAUGGAAUAGUAGAUAAACCAGUAGAAGCACAUGUCUUGCUUACUUUAGAAGAAAAGGACUAUACAAGUGUUAGAUGGAAAUAUAUACUGUGGAAAUCCUGCGUAUACAUAAUCACAUUAGGAAUGUUGAUUGCAAUGCUUCUAGGUUUGAAUAUGUCAUGGACUGCUAUUUCAGCUGCACUAGCUUUGGUAGUUCUUGAUUUCAAAGAUGCUAGGCCAAGCUUAGAGAAGGUUUCCUAUUCACUCUUGAUAUUCUUUUGUGGAAUGUUCAUCACAGUAGAUGGCUUCAACAGAACUGGGAUUCCAGGUGCUCUUUGGGAUGUCAUGGAGCCUUAUUCUCGAGUAAAUCAAGCUAGUGGAGUAGCAAUACUUGCUCUAGUUAUAUUAAUCCUAUCAAAUGUGGCUUCAAACGUACCAACUGUUCUAUUGCUUGGAGGACCAGUUGCAGCCUCAGCUGCUGCAAUUUCCCAAGCGGAUGAGAAGAAAGCAUGGCUCAUCUUGGCUUGGGCCAGCACAGUUGCAGGGAACCUUUCACUAUUGGGAUCAGCUGCUAACUUGAUAGUGUGUGAACAAGCUCGCCGAGCCCCCAACAUUGCAUACACAUUAACCUUCUGGAGCCAUCUGAAAUUUGGUCUUCCUUCCACCCUUAUAAUCACUGCUAUUGGUUUGACACUCAUAAGAUGAUUGGAAUUUUAUUGAACACAGAUAGUCUUACAGUAGAAAUUUAUACAAAGGCAAAAUAAGUUUAGUGCAAAGUGAUUUAGGGUAGUUGGGAAAAUGUAUGUAACAAUAAUGGAUUUUCUGUGUUCUAAUCAUUUAUGUUACUUACACAUAGAAUCACUGAUUAUUCUGAAAGUUGGCAAGGGAUGCUUUGUUAUUUCAACUUUGAAGGCAAAAGCUAAUCUAAGACCUGUUUCUUAGUAGAUGGGAAUAUUAGAGUGGUCACAAGUGUUAAACUUGGGUACUUAGGCCAUCUCCAACUGUGAUUCUUAUAGGGAUUCUUAGAAAUAAAAACUCUGGCUUAUGAAUUUAUACUAUUGAAGUUAAUAUAGUGGCAUCCCUUCUUGGAAAA